UGGCGCCUGCGCAUUGAGGCCGUGGCGUCGGCGAGCGACGGCGGGAGCCUGAGGAGGCCUUUUCACUGGUGGAUUUCCUCUCUCAAAUCCCUCUACAAUGGACGACGAAAAGUAUGGGAAAGUCAAGAGCUGCAACCCUUACUACUGUAAUAUUUGCAAAGUCUAUUGUGCGUCUGCAGUAAACCUGCAGACUCAUUUCCUUGGGCUCAAACACAAAGCGGUGGAAGACGCUUUGAAAGCUCAUGGCAUCAUUAAGCCUCUAAACCCUUCAGGGGAAUCAAUCAGUCUACCGGAAAAAGAAAGCCUUCCAGAGUACAUUGUCCCUGCGUAUGAAAUAGCUCUAGGACAAACUUUGGAAGAACAGCUCAAUUCAUGUAAAGAUACUGAUCCUGCCAUUGGUCUUCAAUAUAUAAUAGAAUAUCGGUCAAGUGAAGCCCUGAUUUAUGAGUGUAACCUCUGCAUAAGUCAAGGAGGACUAACAAGCAUGUUCAUGCACGUUUUGGGGAUUAAACACCGAACGGCAUAUUUGAAAAAACAUUACCCUGAACUAGCGGAGGUGAAAGGCCGUGGUUCCAAAUUGAACGCAAGGCUUAGAGAGCUUGCAGCGAAAGUUGAAGCGAUGGAAGGAAGGCAGCCAAUAAAGAGUACAAUGGAUGUUCCUGUUCCAAAAGAUGAUGAAUAUUCAUUACAGAAUUCAGACUGUUUUGUCACUUGGUUUACUGAAGAUGAUAAAGGGAAAGAGAAGAAGAAUGAAGAUUCUAAACCUGCAGCAAAGGAAGCGUCAAAGGAUAAGGGUGAGGAUAGCAGCAAAUCGGAAGAUAAAAAGGAGUCAGAGCAGAGUGCCACACAGCAGCAAAACGCCUUGAUCGUAGAUGCUGGCUCCGAUUCAGAUGAAUUCACUAACAAUGAAGGGCUGCUGUGCUACUUGAGAAGUUUUGAAAUCGUGGAUGAAGAUGAUGCGGCGUUUAUACUGAAGGUUACUCAGAAACUUACGGAUGCACUGAUUAUGUAUCGGGAGAAAAUCUCAGGAAGAAAAAAGACCAUUAUUGGUGAACAUGCAGAGCAGCCAACUUUUGUGGGAGCUUAUGGAUCUCAGGCUGAGGGCAGUUUUUCCGAAUGGGAGCUUCCGGCUGAGCAGUCCUUCGAAGCUAUGGGAAUAAAUGCCAGCGUUAAGAUACCAGCUGAGCAGUCCUUCGAAGCCACGGGAACAAAUGCCAGCGUUAAGAGACCAGCUGAGCAGUCCUUCGAAGCCACGGGAACAAAUGCCAGCGUUAAGAGACCAGCCGAGCAGUCCUUCGAAGCCACGGGAACAAAUGCCAAGAGACAAGCUAAGCGAAAAGCCUCCAAGCUGCGCAAGGAACUUUCAAAAGAGAUGGUUAAAACUCGUAAACCUGGGGGUUUUGGGUCCUCAUUUAAAAAAGUCCCCGAUGACCCUGACUCUUGGGUUGCCAAGGAGCCAGCUGAGCCCCAAGAGCCACGUGCCGCUUCUCGUGAUGCCAGACGUCUGGACUCACGCCAAGGCUUGGAGGCCGCCGCUCGUAACCGCCAAGGCCCGAAGGCUGCCUCUCACAACUUCCGAGGGCAAGAACCUGCUUCUUCCAUUCCUGAAGGGCAAGACUUCCCACCUUCACGUCGGAAUCGGCCCCGCAUACCUCCUUUUGUGCCGUCACAGUCCGAAGGCGGCGCCAUUGGGAAGUUUUUCAGCAGCAUAAGAGACAUGGAUGUGGAUGAAGUCGCCGGGACUUUACAGAAAAUAUCUGAGACCAACCCUGCGUUCAAAGCCCCUGUAGUGCCACGCAAGGCAGUAUGGAUCAUUGGCCAUUAUAUCGUUUACGCGGCGGAGGACUAUGCUUCUUCCUCUGGGUGGGGGAACGCCUUGGGACUCGAGGACCACAUCAGGAUCAAGUGGAUCGGACGCCGAGGGAUGGAGUGGGAUGACCUUCUGCCAACCGUCUCCCUCAACGUCUCCCGCCUGGGGUCUCCGGACGCCCUCAUCAUUCAGCUGGGCGAUAACGAUCUCCCGGCCAAAAAAGAGAUCGACCUCACCAUUACCGUGGCUGCGGAUUUGCACACCCUUUUCUGCAGGCUCCCGCACACGCGGUUCUUCUGGUCAGACAUGCUGAAGCGUUGCAAAUGGCCCGGGGCUACCUCAGUGCAAACGGUCGACCUUGCUAGGAAAAAUGUGACCUCCACGGCAGGGCAGAUCGUCAGAGCGACUGGCGGCUAUGUCAUACAGCACCCGGACAUUACCUUCAAACAUACGGCCCUCUAUAGGUCUGAUGGCAUUAACCUCUCGGAAUGGGGUCUGGACAUCUGGCUUCAUAGCGUUCGCCAUGAGCUGCUUUGCUGGCUGAAGUCUUAGAAGCUUUGGCUCUUGCAGCAGGUUGGUUUUUGGGCCAGAUCCAUGGUCGGGGUGUGUGUGUGUGUGUGUGUGUCUGUGCCUACAUGCCUAGCUCUCCCAUUUUGGGAACCCCCCUAAGGGGUCUUGGGGAUGGAGCCAUACAGCAGCAGGCCCAGCUUGGAGGCUGUCAGCGGCCUCUCGCUACCAGGUGGCCAAGGGAGCCAUGCAGCAGCCUUGCACCCACGUGGGAUCCCACGGCUUGCCGUCUGUGAUUGCUCCCCCAGCAGGUGAGCCGUGGGAAUGGCAUUAUAUUGGGCAGCAGGCAGGUUGGCUGAUGCUGGAUCCCAUCUCUAUGUUAUGCACCACUGCUCCUGCAGUUGUACUCAAUAAAAGCUGUGGCCUGUU